CAGGCCGGGUACCUGCCCAUGGCGCUGCUGGUGAAGCGCGGCUGCGACGAGGCCUUCCAGCCCCUGGGGGACGUCAUCAAAAUGUGGGGGCGCGUCCCCUUCGCCCCCGGGCCCGCCCCGCCCCCCCUGCUGGGUAACCUGGCCCAGGAGCGGCUGAAGAAGCAGCAGGAGUUGGCGGCGGCGGCUCUUUACCAGCAGCUCCAGCACCAGCAGUUCCUGCAGCUCCUCGGCCGGCAGCCGCUGGCCCCCUGCCCUGUCCCCCCGAAAGCUGGGGAGCUGACACCGCAGCAGCUGGGGGCUCUGCUGCAGCAACUGCAGGCCUAAAACCCAGGUGAGACCCCCCGAAACCCCCCCCAAACCUG